UGAAGGAACAGCUCCUGGCAGUCGAAAUGAAGUCCCCGGUGUCUGCGUGCUGCCUGUUCUCUCUGCUGAUCCUGUCUGCUGCAGAUCUCCUGGCAGGUUCUUCCAUCCACGAUGAGGAGCCUCUGGUGCAGCUGCACCUCCAGCAGUCAGAGGGAGAACUCUUCUCCUGCGGGUGUGACACAUCAGAGGAACACUCCAGUCAGAGCUCCUCCAACGACACCCCGGCCCCAGAGAGGGCCAUGUGUCCGCCCUGCACUCCCAAAUCAUCUGUGGAAGAAGAAGAAGAAGAAGAGGCAACCUCCACUCCAGAGCAGGUAGAGGAGAAGGAGGAAACAGCCUCCGCUGAGGAGGAGCAGGACGAUUCCACUUCCCAGGAGAGGGUAAAAGAGGAGGAGGGAGAAGAAGAAGGAGAGGUGAUAUCUGAGGAGGAAUUAAGUGCUGAGGAGGAGAAAUUAACUGAGGUUGUGUCAUCUGAAGAGGAACCAGAGGAGAAUACUGAGGCAGAGGAAGAUGAAACACAGGGUACAUUAUCUAAUGAGGAAGAAGAGGGAGUGACUGAACCUCAGGAAGGAGCUGCAGAAGACGAGAUGGCUGAUGCUGAAGAAGUUGAAGAGACAGUUGAGGAACCAGAAGGUGAAGACACAGAGGAGGACACAAAGGCAGCAGCUGGUGAGGAGGAAGAGGAGGAGGAGGAGCUGAAUGAAGCUGAAGAGGAUGAAGAGGAAGCUGCUGCUGCUGCUGCUGAGGAGGAGGAAGCUGAUGAUGCUGCUGAGGAGGAGGAGGAGGAAGCUGCUGCUGCUGCUGCUGAGGAGGAGGAGGAAGCUGAUGAUGCUGCUGAGGAGGAGGAGGAAGCUGCUGCUGCUGCUGAGGAGGAGGAGAAAGCUGCUGCUGCUGCUGAGGAUGAAGCUGAGGAGGAAGCUGCUGCUGCUGCUGAGGAUGAAGCUGAGGAGGAACUGGAUGAAGCUGAAGAGGAGGAAGUUGUUGCUACUGCUGAGGAUGAAGCUGAGGAGGAGGAGGAACUGGAUGAAGCUGAAGAAGAGGAAGUAGCUGCUGCUGCUGAGGAUGAAGCUGAAGAAGAGGAAGUUGCUGCUGCUGCUGCUGAGGAGGAGGAAGAGGAAGCCGAAGAGGGGGAAGCUGCUGCUGCUGCUGAUGAGGAGGAGGAGGAACUGGAUGAAGCCGAAGAGGAAGAAGCAGCUGUUGCUGCUGAGGAUGAAGCUGAGGAGGAGGAAUUGAAUGAAGCUGAAGAGGAGGAAGUGGCUGCUGCUGCUGAGGCAGAACCGGAGGAGGUUGCUGUAGCAGAUUCUGGACCAGAGGUCACAAUAGAAUCUGAUGCUGAACCUGAGAUAUAUUCUGAACCAGAGAAAGAACCAGAGUCAGAGCCAGAGAUUAUUCCAGAGCCUGAACCAGCUAUGAGUCCUGAGGUGGAGCCAGAACCUGUUGAUGUUGAGGGGGAGGCAAUGGAGGAGAAAGUUCAUGCUGCCCCUGAGGAGUCCUUAGAGUCUGACAUCAAAGGUCCUAAGGUGGAAGAGGCAACAGGCCCGAAACGGAGGGACCGCUCCCACAUCGAGAACACACUUCAGCUAGCCACUUCUGAACCCUCAGCAGAGUUCACGGCUGCGAUGAAGACGCUUUUGAACAGCUACCACACAGCCAUCAAACCAAUGGAGGAAGCGUUCAAGUACAACGAGCUGAGGCAACAUGAAGUCACAGAUGGCGAGAUCACGUCCAAGCCCAUGGUUUUGUUUCUGGGACCCUGGAGUGUCGGCAAGUCGUCCAUGAUCAACUACCUGCUGGGUCUUCAUGGCACACCACAACAGCUCUACACAGGUGCCGAGCCCACCACCUCUGAGUACACCGUCAUAACGCAUGGCGAGAAGUUUCGGACCAUAGAGGGCAUUGUUAUGGCGGCAGACAGCUCACGGUCUUUCUCUCCACUGGAGAGGUUUGGCCAAGGCUUCUUGGAGCGGCUGGUGGGCAUCGAGAUGCCACACAAGCUGCUGGAGAGGGUGACCUUCGUGGACACACCCGGCAUCAUCGAAAACAGGAAGCAGCAGGAAAGAGGUUACCCAUACAAUGAGGUAUGCCAGUGGUUCAUCGAUCGAGCCGAUCUGAUCUUCCUGGUGUUUGACCCCACCAAGCUGGACGUGGGUGGCGAGCUGGAAAUGCUUUUCACGCAGAUGAAGGGCCGCGAGUCCCAGAUCCGCCUCAUCCUCAACAAGGCCGACAGUCUCACCACACAGGACCUGAUGAGGGUCUACGGGGCCCUGUUCUGGAGCAUGGCACCACUAAUCAACGCAACGGAGCCGCCUCGGGUUUACGUCAGCUCCUUCUGGCCUCAAGACUAUGCUGCGGACACCAGCCGAGAGCUCUUCAUGAAGGAGGAGAGCUCUCUGCUCGAGGACCUCAACCAGGUGAUCGAGAACCAGAUGGAGAACAAGAUCGCUUUCAUCCGCCAGCAUGGCAUCCGUGUGCGCAUCCAUGCCCUGCUGGUGGACCGCUACCUCCAGACCUACUACGAAAAGCUGGGCUGGUUCAGCGACCCCUACGAGGUGUUCCAAGACAUUGUCAAUGACCCAGACAAAUACUACAUCUUCAAGUCCAUCCUGGCCAAGACCAACGUCAGCAAGUUCGAUCUGCCCAACAAGGAGGCCUACCAGGACUUCUUUGGCGUGAACCCCAUUUCCAGCUUCAAGCAGCUCUCCUACCACUGCAGCUGGUCCAGCGGCUGCCUGCUGGAGAAGAUCGAGAAGGCCAUCUCGCACGAGCUCCCAGCUCUGCUCAGCGGCAUCAGCAAGACUACGGUCGCGCCUGCCCCAACUAAACCCGUACCAACAACCCCUCCACCUCUCCCCGGCACCUGUGAUGGUCCCAGUUGUGAAGAGAAACCCAAGAAUCGCUGGAGGAGGCAGUGAGCUGGAGGAGGAGGAACAGAGGAGGCAGAUGGCGGCGGUGGCAGCAGCCGCAGCAGCAGCCACAGGGUCUUUCUGUUAUCCCCACAUGUUGUGACUUCCAAGAGUGGAUGUUGGGAGACUGAACAGAGAAUGGGAGAGAAAAGAGUGUGAAAUGUGAAAAGAUAACGUGGCAAGCAGACUUGGGUCAGAUAGUAUUUAAGAAUGUGUAUUUUAUCUGUAAGAUUGACCAUUUCCACAGUGGGACACUUGUGGUAAGUUUAGAUGUUAGAAAAAGGUGACACGUACUUUAUUAUGACUGUAUAACGAUCUGCGACACAUUGUACACUGUCCUGUAUGACAGCUAUCUAGUACUUGUGUAGGUGCAAAGAAACAAAGGAAAGAGUUUGAGUAUUUUUGACGACAGUUUAGAAAAAAAGUGUGUGAAGAGUUGACUUUUUCUUGUUGUCUGAGAGACUCUUUGAUCUCAGAAAAAAAAAUAAAAAUAAAGCCUUUAUUUCCACAGGAGUGCUUGUGAUACAGUAUAUUACUGAAAUCUAAGAAUGGUCGUUGUAUUAUUUUAUGUUUUUUGUCUGUUUUCAAGUUUGUACAUUAUUUAUUCAAGUGUCUUUCCUUAGACAUAAACACAGAAGAUGUAAAAAUGCUCUUAUGUCUUCUGUGUCGUUUGCAAAGUCUGACGAAUCUGUCGAAUCUGCUGUGGGCACACACUGUAUUUCAGCGGUGGAACAAUAAAAAGAAGAGAGAGGGGAA